AUGCUUAAUGUUACGAUACAUCAUCAUCAUAAACAUGUAGAUUUUAUAAAAAUCAUCUUAUAUAUUUAUUGGAUAUGUUCAAGUUAUGUAAAUUGCAUGAGAUAUAAUACAGUUUAUCAAAAUGAUGAUUUAUCAUCUGUCUAUAAAAUGCCUAAGAAACAUUCAAUGAAAUUGAAAGUUUUCAUUGAAUGUCGUCGUGACUGUUCAACUAAAUGUAAUCAUAGUCUGUUUGUUUAUUUGGCUAAUGAAAACGAAUGUUACACUUGUUUGAUUGAGUGUAUGUCUGCCUUUACACAACAAGCAGAGAAAGUUGGAAUUCAAUUAAAGGAUAUAAAGAAAUCAAACGAUGCUAAUUUAUUAUCUGAUAGUUUGUAUGCACCUGGAAAGAAAGUAAGACGUCGUCAUCUUCGUCAAGACCAUAUCACACAAGAACAAUUUAGAAAAAGAUCAGAAUGAUAACUACAGAUUAGUAAAAUGAAUAUUCCUGAUGCCCAUCUAAGUUCUUAAAACUGAAAUAGUGACCAUAAUUUAUGACAUUGGAUGAAUAAACAUAAACCAACAAUAUAAUAUAACUCAUUAUUGUCGAACUUUGUAAUAGUAACAAUAAUAAUAUUAAUAAUAGUAAUAUGAUGUUCUUGUAAAAUUUUACAUCAUAUUUUUUAUUUCAUAUGUUCACUGUCAUCAUCAUUUUAGGGAACAUCUUUUUAUUUCAGUAAUCAUCAUUAACAGUCGUUCUUAAAAGCACUUUUCCCAUUUCUUGAUAUAUAUUCAAUUAAUACAAUUAUAA